GACCGAAACCUCGCCUCCUCUUCUUCUCUACAACACAUCUCAGUCUGACUCCAAUACACCUCUUGCUCGCUCGCGUUUACAUGCCAACCCCGGGCUACAUUUUGCUGCCACGCUCGUAGUCACCUCUUUUCAUUAUGUCAGAGGCUCCUCGCCCGUCUCUUAAGCUCACCUUCUCCAAAAAGAAGAAGGAGCCCGAGCAACCUCAGAGCCAACCUACCGCCCCUCCUCCACCUCCCGCAGAAGCGACACAGCGUCGACUCACCUUGAAGAUCGCGCGGAAGCCUUCUGCAGAUGAAAAUGCAGAGAAGCCGAAGAAGAAAAGGUGCAGCAAGAAGCGACCCGCCGAAGAGCCCGUCCUAAAGGAGCCCGUGGUCGCGAUCGCGUCGGAAAAACCAGCAGGACCCAAGCGCUUAAAGCUCAACCCAUCCAAAAAGCCCGGAGUGCAGUCUAUCCGCAUCAAAAACAAGGGCCUUGUCCCGAACAGACCUACCGGGGUCGGAUACGAUUCAGAAGCGUCCGAUACCGAAAUCGACCCUGCCAUCGAAGAGCAGUUUAUCCUACGCAUGCUUCCCGGACCUGACUGUGAAUAUCUCCGAACUGCGAUUGCCGAGCGCCGAUUCGACAAAUCUGAAUUCUCUUUCAAACCUUUGACCCGCGAGGGUCGACGAGCUAUCCUCAAAAUCCGAGACAAACAGUACGCAGCAGCACUCGUGGACUUGCCCUGCAUUCUUGAGGGCAUGAAGAGUUGGGACCGACGAGGAUGGUACAAAUCCGCCGAUAUUUGCCAGAUGCUUCUGGUGUUAGGGCUUGUUGCCAAUGAUGCAGAAGCUCUGGAGUACCCUCUCCCGAGUGAUAUUCAGCCCUUGGAUGACAAAACUUUACAGUAUCCACACGGCUUGACGCCUCCUCUUCGUUGGGUACGAAAACGGCGAUUCCGGGAGCGCAUCAGCACCCGCACGAUUGAGCAGGUGGAGAAAGCCGUCGAAGAUCUGAUAGCGCAAGAUGAGGCCUCUCUUGGACAUCCCCGGUUUGAGCUGGUGGACAAAGCGUCGUUCAGCCGAGUGGAGGGCCUUGUUCAAAGCGGGGACUAUGAUUACGAUGAUGAAGAAGAGUACGACGACGAGCAAGAUGCUGAAGGUGAGGUGGAUAUGGACGACACAGGCAUGUUCGACGAUUUCGAGGACACACUCGCGGCCGAAAUGGAAGCAGCUCUAGCCGCGGGGGCCGAUGCUCAAGCGUUCGGGCAUGGACAAGCCCUGGAGGAACACGCUGAUUCUGCCGUAUAUCAAGCCGGCACACCUCUGGCGACCAAACCGUCCACACCGGCGGCGGACACGUCGGGCGACGAAAGCGAUGCAUCAAAUGGGGAAGAUGGCCCUGGCGAGGAGCUCGACGAUGAACAACUGGAACGGCAGCGACAGAUACAACAGCAGCGAGAAGAGAUUACCGAAUUGGAGGCACUCAUCCGGGCAGAAACGGCCAAGUGGGAAAAGAUGCAGAACGCCAUUCUCAAGGGCAAGCUGGCCAAACGAAUUCACGAUUUGAAGCAGGACCUGUCAUUGAAGAAAGUUUCAGUAGGUGAAGGGGACGAUGCUGAUAACUGAUAUUUUUUUUUCUUCCUUUCUUUCUUUCUUUCUUCCCUACUAUUCGAUGACUAUUAUUCUGAUACCCCAGUGCGAUAUGUGAGAAACUCCACUGAAAUCCUGAUUUUUGGGUUCUUUUCUAAACUGCAUAAUAAAAAGAAAGAUCAAUUGGA